GCAGCCUCUCGACCUCUGGCUUCAGCAGCUCCAUGGAUCUCUCUUGGGGUCUAUAAAUAAACGCUCCAAAGAAAGCAAGGCAGCAAAAGCUGCUCAUCACCGAUGGCCACGGCUAACACAAGCAAGCAAGCAAGUCACUGAGUAGCUAGCAGUAUAUACCACCAUAAAAACAACACACACACACGUGCGCUAAUAAGCUAAGCUUAAGGUAGCUCCUCUCUAUCUCCGGCUAGCUCGGACGGACGACGUUGCCAUGGCUGCUCAACUGCAUCACGCACUAUACGAGCUGCUGCACGAAGCAGCAGCAGCGCAACGAGCGCUGCUGCUCGCGAUCCCCUUCUCCCUGCUGCUCCUGCCGCUCCUGCUCCGCUACCUCGCGGCGUCGGCGUCGGCGUCGGCGUCGGCGACAAAGAACGACGGAGCGGCGGCGGUGGCGGCCAGCGACCCCGACAAGCUCUUGAGCCUGCUGCCGUCGCCGCCCAUGAAGCUCCCCAUCAUCGGGCACCUGCACCUGAUGGGGGACAUCCCCUACGUGUCCCUCGCCGCGCUCGCCACCAGGUACGGCCCGGACCUGAUGCUGCUCCGCCUCGGCGCCGUGCCGACCGUGGUGGUCUCGUCGCCGCGCGUCGCCGAGGCCGUGCUCCGCACCUACGACCACGUCUUCUCCUCCCGCCCGCGCUCCCUGGUGUCCGACAUCAUCAUGUACGGCGCCACCGACUCGUGCUUCGCGCCCUACGGCGACCACUUCCGCAAGGCGCGGAAGCUGGUCACCGUGCACCUGCUCAACGCCAGCAAGGUGCGGUCGCAGCGGCCCGCGCGGGAGGAGGAGGUGCGCGGCGCGCUCGACAGGGUGCGCCGCGCCGCCGCCGCGCGGGAGGCCCUGGACAUGAGCGAGCUCCUGCACUCCUUCGUCAACAACCUCGUCUGCCGCGCCGUCUCGGGCAAGUUCUCCAUGGAGGAAGGCCGCAACAGGCUGUUCCGGGAGCUCACCGACAUCAACGCGGGACUCCUCGGAGGGUUCCACAUCCAGGACUACUUCCCUAGCCUGGGCCGGAUCGAGCUCGUCAGGAAGGUGGCGUGCGCCAAGACCAGGCGCGUCAGGAAGCGCUGGGACGACCUCCUCGACAAGCUCAUCGACGACCAUGCGGCCAGGAUGGCAACCCAUCAGGACGAGGACGACGAUAAGGACUUCAUAUACGUCUUGCUGUCUCUUCAGAAGGAGUAUGGCCUCACCAGAGACCAUAUCAAGGCUAUCUUGAUAGACAUGUUCGAGGCCGGAACCGACACCUCGUACAUGACGUUGGAGUUCGCCAUGACGGAGCUCAUACGGAAGCCACACCUGAUGAAGAAGCUGCAGGAAGAAGUGCGGCGGAACGUGCCGGCGGGGCAGGAGAUGGUCACCGAGGACAACCUCCCCGGCAUGACCUACCUCAAGGCCGUCAUCAAGGAGACGCUCCGCCUGCACCCGCCGGUCCCGCUCCUCCUCCCGCACUACUCCCUGGACGCCUGCGAGGUCGCCGGCUACACCAUCCCGGCCAACACCCGCGUCGUCGUCAACGCCUGGGCGCUCGGCCGCCACAGCGGCUACUGGGAGCGCGAGAACGAGUUCGUCCCGGAGAGGUUCCUCAGCGGGGACGUGGCCGGCGGCGUCGACCUCAAGCCCAACGAGUUCCAGUUCCUGGCGUUCGGGUCCGGCCGGAGGAUGUGCCCCGGGGUCCACUCGGCGUCCGCGACCAUCGAGGCGAUGCUGUCCAACCUCAUGUACCGGUUCGACUGGCAGCUGCCGGCGGGGAUGAAGGCGGAGGACGUGGACAUGACCGAGGUGUUUGGGAUCACGGUCUCGAGGAAGGAGAAGCUGCUCCUAGUCCCACAGGCUGCGUGAGGAUGAUGAUGAUACUAGUGCAAUGCGAUACAGGGUUUUAAAUUAGUAACACCAAAGGCUGUGUUACUGGACCUUAAUUAAUAAUUAAUAAAUGUGCUACUACUAUAUAGCCAGGCUUCACAGUGACACAUACUUCUAUUGCCCAUGCUACAUAUAUGUGUUCUUAUUUACAUCCCCAAUAAGUGUUAUUGUGUUGUAUCACAUUUACCUAUAUAUAUCAAAUGGAACAUUUCUCCAAGUGCUACAA